GCAGGCUCUCAUUCACUGAAAAGUGUUUGUCAUACCGGUAUAUUUAUUUUCAAUCAUGUUGAACGGCAGCGAUCAUGAUGACGAGGAAUACAAUCUUUUCGUUAGUGUGCACGAGCCUGCAUUAAAAGCCGCAAACAUUCCACCGCUCUACUGGAGAAGUCUGCACCUGAAGCUUGCCAAUGAGGUGUAUGAUGCAGGUGAAGUCUUCGGCAUCAUGCAAGUGGAGCGGGAGGAAGAGGAGGAAGACAAUGAGGAGGAGGAGAAUUCCGAGGUGGAGAGGAAGAAAGACAACCCAGGUGAUGACAUCGCCUACAAAGUAAUCGUCACCAGUGAGAGUGGCCUGCCAGCCUCCGAUCCCACCAGUGUGUUCCUGGUUGAUCAUGCGUGGACGUAUCGCGUGGAGCAUGCUCGUCAGCAGCUGGAGGAGACCCCAGGGCUUCUGGGACGCAUGGCGUCGCUGAUGGGCUUCGACUACCACGGAGAGGCCCCCGACCCAGACACUGUGGACCAGGUCCUGGAGGAGAUGUGGAAAUACAACCAGACAUAUCACCUCUCACAGGGGUCAGCGGAGGAGAAGGUUCCGGUGUGGUACAUCAUGGAUGAGUUCGGCUCCCGCGUGCAACAUUCCAACCAGCCCUCCUGCUGCCUAGCGCCCUUCUUCUACGCUCCCAUGCAGCUCGCCUUCUCCAUACUGUGGCCACGUAGAGACCUGGAGAACGGAGAGGAGGUAACCCGUGACUACGCAUACGGAGAGACCAAUGAGCUCGUCCGACAGUGUCGCCUGUUGCCGUGGAUACCGUCGGACCUGGAGGGUGUCAGCAGCAGCACCAGUGAACCCCCAAAUGCUUAUUUUGAGACGAUUUUGAGAGGAAACAAAGAGAGUCUCCCCAUGGCCAUAGAACCGUACAGCGUUCCUGAGGGAAAAGUACUGAGGGUGUACUCGGAGAUGAAGCAGGUGAGAGACCACCUGAACCACCCGCGCUUCCAACAGGUGGAGAGUGAAGAAGAAGCCGACGUACUGUGGAUGUACCAACACAUCAGGGACUACCGCAAGCUGAGCGAGGAGAGACCCCAGGUGAUGCUGAACCAGUUCCCGUGCGAGGUCGUCGUGACGACUAAGGAUUGCCUAGCGGCGGUCUCCCGGCGACGGGGUCAGGAAGAGACCAACGGAACCCUGUCAUCGCCAUGGAUACCCAUGACCUUUAACCUCCAGACAGAGCUGCCCCAGUUCAUCAAGCACUACCAGCAGACCCAGCAGAGAGGAGAGGAUAACCAUUGGAUCUGUAAGCCCUGGAACUUGGCACGAGGACUCGACACACACAUCACCAGCAACAUCAACUACAUCAUACGACAACGCGAGAGCACGCCCAAGGUGGUGUGUAAGUACCUCGAGGACCCGGUGCUGUUCCACAGGGAGGAGGUGGGUGACGUGAAGAUCGACAUCCGCUACAUGGUGAUGCUGCGCUCCGUCAAGCCCCUACGACUCUACGCAUACAACGUCUUCUGGCUGAGAUUCGCCAACAAACCCUUCUCUCUGGACUCCUUUGAUGACUACCAGAAACACUUCACCGUAAUGAACUACGCAGAAGGGGUGGUGCUCAAACAGGUUCAUUACGAUGAAUUCAUCCCCAUGUUUGAGAAGCAGUACCCUGAAUACCCAUGGAGUCAAGUACAGUCGGACAUCUUUGCCGCGUUCGGUGAGCUGUUCCAGGCUGCCACGUCUCGCCCCGCCCCCUACGGCAUCGGCGACUACCCCUCCUCCCGAGCCAUCUACGCCAUCGACCUCAUGCUCAAAUGGGACAAAACACAACAAGGUGAGCGUAUCAUGCGCCCCCAGCUCCUGGAGGUUAACUUCAGUCCCGACUGUGAGCGGGCCUGCAAAUACCACCCCGACUUCUACAACCACAUGUUCCAGACGCUCUUCCUAGACGACGCAGACAGCUGCCCUGUCACACAGAUCCUCUAACACACUCACACACACACACACACACACACACACACACACACACACACACA